AUUGCCCUAUAAAGGCCCUAUAUGACUAUUAUCACCUGCUAUCUUCACACAUAUUUUGUUCUAUUUCAAAAGGAUACAAAAAUAAUAUUGUAAAAAGUUCACCUUUGUACCUUUAAUGUACCUUUAACCCUGUGCUUAAAUUUAAAUUGUUUUUUUGAAUUUAUAAACAUAUAUUUGUAAGAAGUGUAUUGCAGUUCCUCUGAUUAGCUUAACAGCAGUAUUAACCGAAAUGGCUCUAUUCAAAAGUACUUUAAAUAUAACAAAAUUUAUGAGCAGUAGAGGCAUUGCGUCUUUAUCGGCUUUAUCGGAUACACAUCAGAUGCUGCAGAAAACAUGUAGGGAUUUUGCCGAAGGCGAACUUAAACCUAUAGCUGCUAAAAUCGAUAAAGAACAUUUAUACCCCGAAGAACAAAUUAAGAAAAUGGGAGAAUUAGGACUGAUGGGUAUUACAGUUCCUGAAGAGUUAGGUGGUCCUGGAUUAGACUAUUUAGCUUAUUCAAUUGCAAUGGAGGAAAUAUCUAGAGGGUGUGCAAGUGCGGGUGUUAUAAUGUCAGCUCAUAAUUCACUGUAUCUCGGACCAAUUCAGCAAUGGGGUACUCAAGAACAAAAAGAAAAAUGGGUUGCACCUUUUUCUACAGGUGAAAAGAUUGGAUGUUUUGCCUUAUCUGAACCCGGUAAUGGAUCUGAUGCAGGGGCUGCAUCGACAACUGCUAAAACAGAUGGAGAUAAUUUUGUAUUGAACGGUGCUAAAUCUUGGAUUACAAAUGGGUAUGAAAGUCAAGGUGGUGUGCUUUUUGCUACUACAGAUAAAAAUCUUAAGCAUAAAGGUAUAUCUGCUAUAAUCUUUCCUAAGCCUGUCGAUGGCUUAGAAUUAGGAAAAAAAGAAGAUAAAUUAGGAAUUAGAGGUUCUUCAACCUGCGUCCUCGCAUUUGACAAUUGUAAAGUACCUAAAGAAAAUUUGUUAGGAGAAUAUGGGCUUGGUUUUAAGAUUGCCAUGAUGGCUUUGGAUGGGGGUCGCAUAGGAAUAGCAUCGCAGGCUCUAGGUAUCGCGCAAGCCUCUUUGGAAGUGGCUGCGGAUUAUGCUACGAAAAGAUUAACAUUUGGUAAACCAAUAAUUAAGCAUCAAACCAUUCAAAAUAAGUUAGCUGAUAUGGCACUGCAACUCGAAUCGGCAAGGCUGCUGACUUGGAGGGCGGCCUGGUUGAAAGACAGCCACAAACCUUAUACCAAAGAAGCUGCAAUGGCUAAAUUGGCUGCCAGUGAAGCAGCUACUUUUUUGAGCCACCAAUGUAUACAAAUAUUAGGCGGUAUGGGGUACGUCACUGACAUGCCUGCCGAACGACAUUACCGAGAUGCUCGGAUAACAGAAAUUUAUGAAGGAACGUCAGAGAUUCAAAGGUUGGUAAUCGCUGGUCAUUUGAUUAAGGAAAUGGGACUGUAAACUGUAUAUAUAUUGUAUAUAUUAUUACAAGCUUAAGUUUUAUAUGUGGCCAAAUUAGUAUAGUAGUUAUAUUUAUAUUUAAACUUUUUACUAUUUACAAAAAUAUUUUUUAUACCUAAAUAUAAAUUUUUUCUCUUCUUA